CUGGGCCUGCUCCCGCUUGGCUGACCCCAGGUCGCGGGAGGGCCCGGCCGUCGGGCCAGCGGUCCCGGGCCGCGCGGGGCGGGGCCACGCCGGGGGCGGGGCGACGGCGGUCACGUGUGUACACAGGCCCCGCGCGGCGUGCGCGCCGUGAGCCCUGUCUGCCCGCCCGCGGCGACUGCGCGGCCCAGAGAGCCGCCAGCUGCCCGGCGCCAUGUGGAGCUGCGGCCCGCUCAACGGCACAGGCCGGGGCGAGGACCAGCCCCUGUGCCCGCACUCCCAGCUGGUGCUGUCCGCCUUCUCCCUGCUCUACCUGGCGGUCGGCGUGCCCGUGGGCCUGGGCUACAACGCGCUGCUGGUGCUGGCGAACCUGCAGGACCAGGGCAGCAUGACCAUGCCCGACGUCUACUUUGUGAACAUGGCCGUGGCCGGCCUGGUGCUCAGCGCCCUGGCGCCCGCGCACCUGCUGGGCCCCAGCGCCUCGGGGUGGGCCCUGUGGGGCUUCAGCAGUGAGGCCCACGUGACGCUGCUGGUUCUGUUCAACGUCUGCUCCCUGGUGACCAUGUACUCCACGGCCCUGCUCAGCCUCGACUACUACAUCGAGCGGGCGCUGCCGCGCACCUACAUGUCCAGCGUCUACAACAGCCGGCACGUGUGCGGCUUCGUCUGGGGCGGGGCCCUGCUCACCAGCUUCUCCUCCCUGCUCUUCUACAUCUGCAGCCACGUGGCGGCCAGGAUCGUGGAGUGCGCCAAGAUGCAGCACCCGGAGGCCGCCGACGCCAUCAUGGUGCUCAUCGGGUACCUGGUGCCAGGCCUGGCUGCGCUCUACGCCCUCGUGCUCAUCUCCCGGAUCCGCAAGGAGGACACGCCCCUCGACCAGGACUCGGGGAGGCUGGACCCCUCGGUGCACAGGCUCCUGGUGGCCACCGUGUGCACGCAGUUUGGGCUCUGGACGCCGCACUACCUGACCCUCCUGGGGCACACGUGCCUGGCCCUGUGGGGGGGGGCCGUGGCCGGGCAGCACCUGGGGCUACUGCUCUUUGCGAAGGACCUGUCCCGGUGCCUGGCCUUCUCCAGCAGCGCCGUGACGCCGCUGCUGUACCGCUGCAUCAACAGGAGCUUCCCCAGCAAGCUGCGGCGGCUGGUCAAGAAAAUGCCCUGCGGGCGCCAGAGCUGCUCCGCGGACCAGGCGGGCGUCCAGCAGGUGCUGGCGUAGACGGCCAGCAGCACGGGGCCAGCCCAGAGGCGCCGCUGGUGCAUAGCCUGCGGGCUCGGUGCACGCCCACCGACCGGGUCCGAGUCCUGGGGGAGGAGGGGACGGCGCUCAGCCAGUCACAGCACUUUGCCACCUGUAGCUCUGCCGCUGUCCCCACGGGGAAGCGCUGAGGCAGGAACACACAGCAGUACAGGCGUGUGCUCUAGACCAGGUGCCUGUGCGGAGGGCAGCUGCACUCAGGCCCGGCGCCCACAGGCCCGCCCGCGGCCUGCUCACUCAGCCUCCCACGGGGCUUUACGAAUGAAGUGAUGGAAGUGAAAGCCAGUAUUUAUACUCUGUGUUGUUGGAAUGCUUGAUCCCCCAUCUUAGGUUUGUUUAUAAAAAGAGAUGCUUGAAAGAAAAGCCACCGAGUAUUAAAAUGAAGGAAACAGGACAGCACACACGUGGAUGGGGGCGCGGCCAGGGCCACAGCAGGGUCCUGUCGAGGGCGAGGCCAAGUGCUUCACAAGGAGGGAAGGCUCGAGGGGCUGUGCAGGAAGGCACCCCUCCCCCACCUCCUAGGGGCGCUGUUCACGGGCACAGGGCCGAGGGAGAAAGGCUGCAGGGACUGACCCACAGGGAGCUCAGGACGGCAGGUGACCAGCUCCCGAGCACCGACCUUGGCCCCCACGCUGCCGCCACCACCGUCCACCAGGUCCGCGUCAGGUGACGCUGCGUGACCCGAGUGAGGCUGGCCUACUUUCGGGAAGUGGCUGCAUGGGGUCAGACGGAGGUCAGCAGGGUUCACCCGCCUCCUGCCUCCAUCCAGCCCAUUCCCUAAGCAGCCACUUUGCACUGUGCACUUGAGGGAGCCCCCCAUCGCCGCCCCCCAAGUCCUUAUGACGGAAUACAGGCCCGCAGCCCUCUGAUGCCAGUUUUGAAACCCAAAAGCCCUAAGAACAGAAAGGUUUUUCAAGUUCGCAGCACAUUCGUCUGGUAGCAAACCCCGACAUGACGCCGGGUCGCCCCUCCCGUGCCGACAGCCUGGACACGAGGCCCGCAGACAGGUGUGUCCAGGGUAGUGCAGAGCAUGCCCGUCCGAGAAGAUGCCAGGACACCCGGCCCCAGUCCUUCCACAGCCCGUGCCCCGCCCAGGCCUGCAGGUGCCUCAGCCAACCCCCCUCCAGCACAGGCACCAGGGCGCAGGAGGGCCCCGUCACGGCUCCACCUGCAGGCCUGGUGGAGUGCGAGUGCCGGCCCGGCCCGGCCCAGCUGUGGCGGCAUUCCCCUGCACACGCGCGGUGCCGCUGCUCAGUCUGCAGUCUCCAGGCCAAGGCCAUGGGGCCCCCAGGCACAGUGGGCCCUGGUCAGGGAGCCAGGUUGGGUAUAAAUAAAAGCUCCUCUCGGUCUGUCUCCCCUGCUCCUGCACAGGAGCCCUGGGUGAGGGAAACCUUAGUGCCCAGCCUCUGCCCACAGCCCUGACCUGCAGCCCAGGUGCUCUUCCCCAAACAGAGAAGGGAGCCUCAAACCACUUUUUAUAAACUUCCAGGUUCUCAGUGGUUUUGGCUACUAACUGGCUAGUUCCUGGUGGCCUCCUGGGGGCCUGGGCGGGCUGCUGGCUCUGUCCCCGCCUGCGCAGGACCGAGUGUCUGCGGCGCUGAAAGCUCUUCCUGCGGGGGCACCAGCCACGGCAGACUGGGCCCCUUGCAGACCCUCCCCUCUCACAGGGACCCUCUCGGCUGCUCACCCGGGCACCGGGAGCAAACCUCCACCUGCUCCUCGACCCCUGCCCCCCACGCCUACUGCUCACCCCACCCUGCACACCUGGAUGGCCUGCAGGCUCAUGCUGCCCUUCUUCCCGGAAUGUCUGACUCCCGGUGCUUUUGCCACAUCACCAAAAAAUGGGAGGAAUUGUGAGCUGCGCAGAGGAGAACAAGGAGCUGUUCGGAGUAGGCCAAGAGUGUGAACUCAGUCCUGCUUUUUUAACCGAUCAAACCUACGUUUGAGUUUGCUCGAUGUCAGGAUACAAGCUCUCGCUUUACGCCCAAGGUCAUUCGUUCUACCAGCACUUCUUGACUAUUUUAAAGUUAAUUAUCUUACUUUUGUUCACAAAAACUCUUCUACCUUGUCAUGCUGCACAGAAGUUACAUUGCAUGUCCAGUUCUUGAAUUUGAAAUCAGCUGGGAUGGGAGGCUUCCUCAUUUCUAAGUGCUGACAGUUGCCCGGGACCACACCGUCUGCCUGUGGUUCUGUGUUGGAGAAACUGCCGAGGAAGUUCACACAUUGGGACACUAUUAAAUUAUUUGGUACUUUCUCUCCAACCUCUGAACGCUCACAUUUGUGUCUCCAAGGUCAGGCGACGUAUCUGAGAGGAACAGCAGGAUCACAAGCUGGCGCUUCGCCUCCUACCGUCCGGUCACCCUGCCGGCUCUUUCUGUGGGUCCUUCCCUCCCGGCCGCACGCCAAGCACAGCGCCCGCGGCAGCUGGCCAGAGGCAGGCGAGCCUGCGGCCUGCGGCUCCAUGGAGAUCUGGGGCAUCCCGGGGGCUCCAGCUGCCUCCGGUGCCUCCGGCCAGUGUGGGAGCCCCACGCCCCCCUGCAAGGGGCCUGUCUCACCAGCGCCCUCCGUCACUGCGCAGAGUAAGCACUGUGGACAUCUGAGAGUUGGACGAGUGAGUGAACAGCGACAAAGUAAUUUUAACAUCCCCACUGUAUGUAUAUUAGCCCUGGCUGGGGGCCUGGCUGAGUGGAGUGUUGCCCUGAACACCAAAAGGUUGUGGGCUUGACCCCCAGGAGAGGUGUGUACAGGAGGCAACCCAUUGAUGUUUCCCUCCCCCCUGCUCUCUCUCUAAAGCAGUGGUUGGCAAACUGCGGCUCACGAGCCACAUACGGCUCUUUGGCCCCUUGAGUUUUUAGCAAAGGCCAGCUUAGGAGUACCCUAAUUAAGUUAAUAACAAUGUACCUACAUAUAUAGUUUAAGUUUAAAAAUU